GCUGCUGCUGCGCCUCCUCCUCCUCCUCCUCCCGCGUCGUGUUUGCGCGAAGUCCGACGGGACCCACCCAGGAAGAUGUCUGACGGUUUUUCGCUCUCUGAUGCCCUGUCAGGGUCCAACAACCCUAACCCUAACCCUAACCCAAAUGCACAGCCUGGCGCAUGGGGAAAUCAACCUGGUGCGUUCCCGGGUUAUCCUGCCGGAUUUCCAGGCAUGUAUCCUGGAGCCCCGGGCACAUUCCCCGGAGCACCGGGCGCGUAUCCUGGAGGCCCACCAUCAGCCGGAUCGUACCCCGGAGGUCCAGCAGGAGCCGGAUCGUACCCCGGAGGUCCAGCAGGAGCCGGAUCGUACCCCGGAGGUCCAGCAGGAGCAGGAUCGUACCCCGGAGGUCCAGCAGGAGCCGGAUCGUACCCCGGAGGCCCACCAGCACCAGGUGGCUUUCCCAGCGCUCCAGGAGUUGUUCCACCAGGUGCAUCGGGAAUGUAUCCUGGCCCUGGGCAGCCGCCAAGCGGCAGCGGAGUUCAGCCAACUGCGCCGCAGACUGGGCCUGGAUUCGGGACUCCCACGCCGAUUGGAGGCUCUUCGGCACCCUUGAAAGUCCCUUGCGACAUACCGCUUCAGUCAGGGCUUGUGCCUCGCUUGUUAAUAACCAUUGUUGGGGCGGUGAAUUCAAAUCCGAACAAAUUUCAAGUGGACUUGAAGAAAGGCAAUGACAUUGCCUUCCACUUUAACCCCCGCUUCAAUGAGGGCAACAGGAAAGUGAUUGUGUGCAACACCAUGCAGCAAAAUAAUUGGGGGAAGGAAGAGAGAACAGCCCCCUGGUUCCCAUUUGAGGCUGGCAAACCUUUCAAGAUCCAGAUUCUGUGUGAACCGAAUCAUUUGAAGGUGGCCGUCAACGACGCUCACGUCUUGCAGUACAACCAUCGCAUCAAAGAGCUGAACCAGAUCACCAAACUGUCCAUCAUGGGCGACGUCACCCUCACCAGCGUCACACCGACCAUGAUCUAACCCCCUUUGCCUCUGGCCUACCAAUACUCCCAACGCUUUGUGUUAAAACAGAUCCUUUUUUAAAAAACAGGUCUGAUUGGAUUAAUUUUGUAAGACAAAAAUUAAUA